AUGGUGCACAUCGAGAAAAUACACAUGUGCCCUUCAACAGCUCUGAGCUUCAAGGCGCUUAUUACACUUCUGACACUAUUCGCAAAGCUCGUUGCCUCAGCCUUGUGGAAACCAGCGGACAUGGAUUGGUUGCUAGGAGUCGCAGUCUCCUGCGCCCAAUCCCUUAAACUAAACAAUCUAGCAUGCUUGAAGACAGUUUGUCAAACGACCGGAGAGGUCGAAUCAUUAAAGCACGCGUUCUGGCUGCUGUACACCAUCGAAAAGCCGUAUCGAUUGCGAAACGGACAAGCUUCGGCUUUGAAUGAUGCCUACAUCGACCACGAGCCGAUGUCUUCCGGGAUCGAAGCUGGAAAGCCGUUGAUUCAAACCUUUGGGGUUCAUUACCGUCUAGCUCAAUGUUGUGCCAGGAUAGCAAGCGACUUCGACAGUCAGGAAGCUCUUUCACAGUCUAUGGUCUUCACAUCAGAGAAUCUAGACAACUGGUUGGAACAGCUUCAACAGUUGAAAGUUGACGUCUUCACGGCACGGCAGCAGCCCGCAUCAGCCAUGACGUGGGAUCCGAGAAUCGCCUCACCGAAUAGUCCGUGUAUGACACCUUCAGAGGGGGAUAUCUCAGCAAGCCUACUCUACUUCGAGCUAGUGUUGUGCGUCUGUGGACGUUUUUCAGCCAGUUCUUUGGGCGACUCAAGCACUGAUAAGAUUGAACAAAAGGUUCUUGAGUCUGCUAUUGAUAUCUUGAAAUUGCUCGUCGAGGUCGAUCCCACCAAGGCGGGUACAGAUCAGAAUUUGGUGCGCAUUGCCGUCAGUUCGUUCUGCCUCGUUGCGACUUUCAUCUCAAGGGCGAAUGAGCGGGCCACGAUCUUCAGAUAUCUGGUUUCAACGCUCGGUUUCUUCGCUCGGAUGACAAUCAAUUCACCACUCAUGACUCUGGGGAAAUUCAGCUCCGUGGUGGACUCAGUGCAAAAGGUACUCAAGAAUGAUGGUUGA